AUGGCAGAUCCUAUUGCCAUCGAUGCCUCGCGUGCCAGUCCGGGCCUAUGGGAUCGCGUGUCAACCUGGGUUUCAGAGAACAAAGCAGUCGCAUACACCAUAGCCGGCACGGUUGUCGUCAUAACCAGCGCUGGCGCCAUCUACUACUUCUCUGGUCAGAAAUCACCUUCGUCGACUGCGUCUACAGAGAAGAGAAAGAGCAAGAAAGAGCGCCGGAAAGAGAAAAGGGCUGCGGAGGAAGCGCAGAAGUCCGGCAUCAGUCUCAAAGAUGAGGAAGCAGCCACUGCGCCUGCACCGAAACCUGCGACGGUCGAAGCUGAAUCCGAGCUACCAGAAAUCAAUGAAUCUACGGUUGCCAACUUUUCACAAGAGGAACGAGAAACAUACGCGCAGAAGCUCAAAGCCGCUGGAAACAAAGCGUACGGAUCGAAAGACUACAACAAGGCCAUUGAUCUGUACGGGCAAGCCAUCCUCCUAAAACCGGAUCCUGUCUUCUACUCGAAUCGAGCGGCUGCCUACAACAUCCUCAGCGACUAUGACAAAGUUGUUGAAGAUACGACUGCAGCCAUUGCCAUGAAUCCUGAAUACGUCAAGGCUUUGAAUCGAAGAGCACAUGCUUACGAACACCUUGGAUAUCUUUCCGAAGCCCUGCUAGACUAUACCGCCAGUUGCAUCAUUGAUGGGUUUCAGAACGAGAGCACUGCUCAGAGUGUAGAGCGGUUGCUGAAGAAAGUGGCAGAAAAGAAGGGCAAGGUCAUCCUGGCUGGAAAAAAGAACCGCCUUCCCAGCGCGACAUUCGUCUCAAACUACCUCCAGAGCUUCCGGCCUCGGCCUCUCCCGGACGACCUAGAAGAAUCUGUGGAACUUGAUGAGAAUACUGGCAAGGGCCAACUGCAACGUGGACUCCUUGCUUUGACUAAGAAGACAGGAGAAGCAUACGAGGCUGCUUCAAAAGCAUUCAAGCGGGCGAUUGAACUGGGAGAUCUCGGUGAACAUGAAGCUUACGCACUGAGCAUGCAAGCAACGUUCUUAUACCUUGAAGGUGACCUUCCACAGGCACUGGAGGAUCUUAACAAAGCUAUCGGAUUGCAACCAUCCUUGACACAAGCACACAUUAAACGCGCCAGCAUGCAUUUGGAAGCAGGUAACAAAGACCUUGCCGCAGAGGAGUUCGAACAGGCGAUAGCACAGAACAAGGAUGAUCCUGAUAUCUACUAUCACCGUGCUCAACUUCACUUCAUUCUAGGAGACUUUGCGGAUGCGGCGAAAGAUUAUCAGAAAUCGAUUGACCUGGACCGAGAUUUUAUCUACGCACACAUCCAACUUGGCGUCACGCAAUACAAAUUGGGCUCGAUUGCCUCAUCCAUGGCAACGUUCCGAAGAACCAUCAAGAAUUUUGAUAAGGUGCCUGACGUUUACAAUUACUAUGGUGAACUCCUUAUCGACCAACAGAAAUACUCGGAGGCCAUAGAAAGAUUCGAGAUGGCAAUCGACAUGGAAAGACAGACAAAGCCCACAGGAGCCAUUAAUGUUCUACCUCUGAUCAACAAGGCCCUUUGUCUCUUCCAAUGGAAGCAGGAUUUCAAAGCAGCAGAAGAACUGUGCGAGAAGGCUUUGAUUCUUGAUCCCGAAUGCGACAUUGCUGUUGCCACCAUGGCACAGCUACUCCUGCAACAAGGCAAGGUCACUGACGCUCUCAAAUAUUUCGAACGAGCGGCGGAGCUUUCGAGAACCGAAGCCGAAGUCGUCAACGCUCUAUCAUAUGCCGAAGCUACACGGACACAGCUCGAGGUGUCAGAGAAGUACCCUCAGCUCGCAGCUCGCUUAUCUCAGAUGGAAAAUUCUGGCAUGGGCGGACCCGUACCUCAAAUGGAUCCUGCUCAGAUCGAACGUGCUCAAAUGGAAGCUGCUAUCCGGAGCGCACAGCAGCCGCGCCGGCGGUAG